ACAUGGACUCGAUGACCUUGCACGCUUUAGUCUGCAGCAGCCUACUGUUUACCUCCCCGGUAACAUGGGCUAUCGGGUGGCAGCAGCCUAGCCUGUGUAUUGAGAAUGAAACCUUACGCAUCGGGAUGCACUUAAUUCACCAGAUGAAUGCUAAAAUAAAAUACAUGCCGUACAUCUGUCCGCAGAUCGUUUGAUUAUCGAGUCCCUGUCGCUUUAACGUUCCAGACAUAACGCCCCAUAUGAUGUUGAUGCUCCAAUCAUCAGUUACUUCGGUGCAAGGCAGACGGCGAAUUUGUCGUUUUUUUCUAAGUGCAAACAUGGCGAAAGAAGACAUAUGUCUGCGGGUUGACGUACACUAGCGAUGUGAAGGACAGAUGUUUUCAUGGAGAGGGGAAAUCGCGUUAAAAAGGAGGAGAAACGGAACUCCUGUGGCACAGCAAACAGUGGAUCACAAUGCUCAUAGUGGAGAAGACAGCUGACCACCCGACUGCAGAGUUCUCACUGCUGGAGGAUGUGGCCCUGCACUUCACCUUCCUGAUGGACCGGCUGAACGACCAGCGCCUGUUCCAGCCGGACCUGUGCGAUGUGGACAUCGUGCUGCUGCGCCACCAGGCCAUCUUCCAGGCCCACAAGGGCGUGCUGGCGGCGUACAGCCCCUUCUUCCACUCGCUGUUCGGCCACAGCAAGGAGCUGCAGCGCGUGGAGCUCGCGCUUGAGGCUCUGCAGCCCCAGGGCCUGCAGCAGAUCCUGGACUUCAUCUACACCUCCAAGCUGCUGCUCACCGGCUCCAACGUGCAGGACGUGCUGAGGGCCGCCACCGUGCUGCAGAUGGCCGACAUCGCGGCCUCCUGCCGGGAGCUGCUCAGCAGGGGCUCCCUGGUCGCCGGUCCCGGUGGGAGGGAUGAUGAUGCGAAGCAGAGUGUGCAGAAGUGGACCAAUGGCGGUGGGAACAACGGCCCGGGAGGUGCCUCUCCCUUUAACACGGGCAUCAAACAGGAGACGGAGCAGGGGAGCGCGAAAAUCUACGGCCGGGAGGGUGGAGAGACCCAGUUCACCCUACAUGUGGAGGAUGGCCCACUGAAAACGGAACAUGCGGCCCAUGUCAAGACUGCACAGUACUACAAAAAGGAAGGGGAUGAAGUAGCAUUGCAGGGUGCAUUGGAAGUUCCAGGAGACUCGAAGCAGAUCAUCGUGGAGUUGAACCUGAACAAUCAGACCCUCAAUGUGUCCAAAGGCCUGGAAGAUGAACCCUCCUCUGUGGCGCUGCCCUCUGUGCACAGACAGCCAGGAGGAGACCUGGGUGGAAGCAAUGAAGAGGAAGGCAACAAAGAAGAUGAAGAAGAAGAUGGCGAUGAGGAAGAUGCGAACAUGGAGGAAGGGAAAGAGGAACAAACUGAGGAGGAGGAGGAAGAUGACCGAGUUGGCACCAGUGAAGAAGAGGAGGGACACAACAGCAACCAAGCCAUAGACGACCACAGACCCCAGCGACAAACCAGGACGGCGGCCAUGUUCGUCGGAACGUCCCCCCUGAGGAGCCGCCUGGUGAGCCAGCAGGGCCGGGCGAACAGCGGCAGGGCGGAGGAGCAGGAGGGCCAGGGCCCAAAGGUUCGGCUGGAGGAAAGGCAGACCUUCCCCUGUGUGAAGUGCCCGCGGAGCUUCAACAACCACUGGUACCUGGAGAAGCACGUCAGUGCCACACACAACCGCAUGCAGGUCUGCGACAAGUGUGGCAAGCGCUUCCUGCUGGAGAGUGAGCUGCAGCUUCAUCAGCAGACCAACUGUGAGAAGAGCAUACAGUGUGUUACUUGUGGAAAGGCCUUCAAGAAGCUGUGGUCACUGCAGGAACACAACAAGAUUGUCCACGGCUAUGCCGAAAAGAGAUUUUCCUGUGAGAUUUGUGAGAAAAGGUUCUACACCAUGGCCCAUGUUCGCAAACACAUGGUUGCACACACAAAAGAAAUGCCAUUUACUUGUGAGACAUGUGGAAAGUCCUUCAAGCGGAGCAUGUCUCUGAAAGUCCACUCCCUCCAGCACUCAGGCGAGAAGCCCUUUAAAUGUGAGAACUGCAGCGAGCGCUUCCAGUACAAGUACCAGCUGCGCUCCCACAUGAGCAUCCACAUCGGCCACAAGCAGUUCAUGUGCCAGUGGUGUGGAAAGGACUUCAACAUGAAGCAGUACUUUGAUGAGCACAUGAAGACUCACACAGGAGAGAAGCCAUACAUCUGCGAGAUGUGUGGCAAGAGCUUCACCAGCCGUCCCAACAUGAAGCGGCACCGGCGCACGCACACCGGGGAGAAGCCGUACCCGUGCGACGUCUGCGGCCAGCGCUUCCGCUUCUCCAACAUGCUCAAGGCCCACAGAGAGAAGUGCUUCCGGGUCAGCAACCCCGCCACCACAGAGGUCGAGUGCUCACCUGCCUCUGCUCCAGGAGCCUCAGGGUGCCAUGCCAUGGCCAAUGAAAUGGCUCCCAUGACUGAGGAUGGGUUUGGCUCCUCCAAUCACAGCACAGCAGCAUUCCCCUCUCCAAUGCUGCCCGCUGAUGGGGGUUUUCCUCUGCCCCCCGCGCUGCCGGCUCUCUCCCCCAUGUUCUCCACAGGCCGGCUCCACACUGGGCACCCCUGAUGGCUCUGCUCACUGUUUUGGUGCUCUGAAACUCUAAAAGGUACUUACAGUCAAACUCUAUAUCGGAAAGUAUAGCCUCUUGUACUCAGAACAAUAACGCGAUUAACAGCUCUAUAUUUUAUACCGUGAUCCCAAAUAUUCUUCGUCAGUCUGCAGUAUUUACAAGCUAGUCUGUAAGUUAAUGUUCCUUGAGUGUACUGUGUUGAUGUCAUAGAAAUGUAUGUAGCAAACCCUAGAGGCUAAGCACUUUUUUUCCCGUGUCAUUACUCUCAUUGUUGAACCUUCUUCUAGGGAUUUUAUAUCAGUUCCUGUCUGUUCUGUUGAUGAUAUGAAUGAUAUGAAUUCAGUUGACAUUAAUUGUGUUUGGUUCUUAUGUGUUGUUCGUUGCUUUAUGGUAACACAAUAGUCAAAUAUAGGCCUCUUCCACGACACUCCCUUCCUUGCGCAAUCAGCAGUGCCACUUUACCAGUCCAGAAACUCCUUAGAGCAUCAGUAUGCCCAUAUGAAAGGAAUAGGCCAAGACUAUAAGGUCAUGGUUCUCACAGGAGCUUAUUGGUAAUUCUAUUGACAUCCUUGCUGCUGAUGCCAGUGAUUAGUCCGACUUACUUCGGCCCGCUUGUUUGUUUUGUUAUUGCGCAGUGCUGAUGUAAAUGAUUUAUUCACCGGCAAGUUCAAACACUUCCAUUCGUUGGCAUUUAGAGACGUCUAGAUGGCGCUUUAACCAGAACGUUUAUCGUGUGGGUGUUGACACAGCAGUCAUGUUUCAUCGUGUGUUUGAUGAACUGUCAGACAUGGCAGAUGCAGGUUUACCACAGGUAUUCCAGUGUGGCUGUUGUUCUUGUAAAGUGUGGCAACAACUAAAUUAGCUGAAUUGUGAGACCUUACACAUUUUCUAUAACGAUAGGUUCUUUAAUAUGUAAUGGUUCUUUUCAAGUGUUUAGUACAAGUAUUAUGUCUGAAAUUAGUAACCCAAAAUUCACUGUGUUGUGAAUAUGAAAGAGAUUAUUGCAAUGAGGAGAAGUAGUGACUUGUUAUUGAAUGGCAUAUAAUGCCUCUCCUGAUCCCUGGCUCUUUUUAUGAAACUGUGUCAAACACAGUUUAGAUGGUCUAAGUCUAUUAGUAUUAAAUCAUUCAUAACCCUUUAAAUAAGCUUUAAACAGUGUAUUGUCCUUUCCUUGGGGAAGUACCCGGCCAACUCUGAGCUUUCAGUUAGGCGGCACUAGAUCACUGUCAGCCAAUGAGCCAGGUCUGCCCAGCCCUUCUGUGUAAACCCAUACUCAUAAUGUUGUCCAGUUUCUGAGGUCAGUGUACUAGUUUCUGUUUAUGCUUAUGUUAAGCACUCGAAACAAUCUUGCUGUGUGUAGGUUUGUUAGUACCCAUACGUCUCAAACCCACAUUUCCUCUUCAGAAUGAUACAGGUCGUGGACAUGGUUGUUGAGUCUGUAAUCAUCCAGAUUGAAUCUUUAUUUUUUUCAGCAUUGCUUUUACUGUCACAGAGUUGUUGUAACUACCUAGGUCAUGUGGAUGUUAUCAUGCAGCUGAUUGAAGCAGUGGGCUGUAAUGAAAUUCACGCGUCUCAAAUGUAGCUAAAUUCGUCAUUUAUGAAUGGCACUUUCAUGAAGUUGAUUGAAGUUAGAAUGCAUAAUGUGUCUAAUGGCAAAGUCUGAUUCAGUGCAGUUCUAAUGCACCUUGGACUGUCUUUGUGUAAUUGGACAAUGUCUGCUAUUUGUUGGAUGUAGGCCUAACUGAAGCCCAGUGUUCAGUAAUUGAGAUAAAUUAUGUUAUGAUAUUGCAGUUGCUGGCAAAUUCCAAUUGUAUUUUAAAAGAAAAUAAUGAUUGUUGUAGGGAAGCCUUCAUUUCAGAUUCUCAAAAGAAUACUUGAUACUGUUUGGUGGACUUCUUCAGUGAAGUGUAGUUCAGUACAGUGUUGUUAUGUUACAGUUAUGUUCAUUAGGAUUUGGAAAUUUGUUGCCAGUGAAGUUGAUUUUUGUUAGUGCAAAAAGAUGGACAUAUUACUGGUGUAAUAGAAUCUGCCGCUCCCAUGCCCAUUUCUACCAUAACCAGUUUAUCCAGUGUCAACUAAUCCCCAUCAUUGUUGUGGUUUAAGCACAGAUUACAGGAUCUAGGAGUUUUACUACAUGAAAUAAAAAUAUUUUUCAGCAUUUUGAAGUAAUAAUUCUAUUCGUAAAUGUUAUAUUAGAGGAAAACUGUAUUUUGAUUUUAAGUUACUGCCAGCCCAGCAAGCACUUUAACAUGGCAGUUAUUGCCAUUUGUUCUUUUGUUCUUUUUACUAAUGUUUCACAAAUAUUAUGCAGCUCUUAUCUGUACGCUGACAGAAAUCUCGGAGAAAAACCUUUAAGAGGAUAAAAAACGAUUCCCUGUCACUGCAUAGACCCCCAAGGCAGUUAAGAUGAUUACAUUUAAGACAAACAGGUUGUGUUUUAAAUACAUGGUGGCAUUUACGUAGAAGAUGUGAAACAGCACCUUUUCCCAGCUAAUCAAAUCUUGGAUGACGACAAUUGAAUCACAUCCUUAAUGUUAAUGGUUUAUUUGACAAGAAUGGUGAUUUGUGCUAUUCAUUCUAUUUGGUAAACAAAUGGUGGUUUCAUGUCUGACCUGUUAACCCUUUGGUGAAAUUAUCUGUUGUUGACAAUUAGUUUGCACAUAAUAUGUGUCUGUCUGAUGUUGCCUCCCUAAAGCUACAGAACCGUGUGGUGUAAUGUAAUGUGAGGCUGUUGCAAGGUAGCCUUAGACAGGACACCCCCAUCCAUGGGGGGCUUUAAGUAAAUGACAAGAAAGGUCUAGUGCAGUUUUGUUUAAGUUGAAAGGCCAAAGUGUAUGUGUUGGCACCCUUUGGAAGAUUUCAUACAAAGAAGGCUUCGGUCUUAUUUUUUAUUUUUUUUUACUUUACCUAUAGUGAUGACUCCACAAGUCCGACGAUAUCUCAGUCAGCUAGCAGUGUAUGUUUGCAGACCUGUGUUUGUUUUUUUGCAAACUACCAUAAUCUUGUUCAUUAUGGUGCAUAUAUUUUCAGAAAGUGGUUAAUUUUGUUAUAUUAUAUGAACAGAAUGUCCAGAGGUGCUAAUAAUAUUGGUCUAUAUAUUCUAGCAUUUAAUGUUUUCACUUGUAUACUGUAUGUUCAUGACGGGAAAAGUAGAAGUAUACUGUAUUACAAAAUAUACCACGUCAUUUUGAAAUCAGUGUUCCCCCCGCUGUUUCAUGGUCACUAAUUAAAUAUUAUCUUUCUCCUACGUA